UCUUGGAGCAACCUUAUCGCCUUCUUUAGCUAUGGCCUUCUCCAAUAGUUUCCUUUUGCUCUCCCUGCUAUCACUACUCGCUUGCGUUGCCCAUGGGCAGCUUUCACCUACGUUUUAUGCAAAAAGCUGCCCAAAUGUACAGAGCAUUGUGCGCUCGGGCAUGGCACAGGCCGUCAGUGCGGAGCCAAGGAUGGGCGCAUCCAUCCUUCGGCUCUUCUUUCACGAUUGCUUUGUAAAUGGUUGUGACGGAUCGAUCCUUCUCGCUGACACCGCAACGUUCACCGGCGAGCAGAAUGCUGGGCCAAACAAAAACUCUGUCCGUGGAUUCGGAGUCAUCGACACCAUCAAAGCCCGCGUCGAAGCCGCCUGCAAAGCCACCGUCUCAUGCGCUGACAUCCUCGCCCUCGCCGCUCGCGAUGGAGUCAACUUGCUCGGCGGGCCAACUUGGACGGUGCAACUGGGCAGGAGGGAUGCAACGACGGCGAGCCAGAGCGCGGCCAACAACAACCUCCCCAGUCCCGCGUCCAGCCUCUCCAUACUCAUCUCCAAGUUCGCCGCCCAGGGCCUCAGCGCUCAAGAGAUGACCGCGCUCUCCGGUAGCCACACCAUCGGCCAGGCUCAAUGCAAGAACUUCCGCGCCCACAUCUACAACGACACCGACAUCAACCCCAGUUUUGCGGCCUUAAGAAAGCGGAACUGCCCGGCCUCGGGCGGCGACACCAACCUCGCGCCGCUCGAUGUCCAGACCCCGAACGGGUUCGACAACGCCUACUACCAGAACCUUGUGGCCCAGAAGGGGCUGCUGCAUUCGGACCAGGAGCUCUUCGAUGGUGGGUCGCAGGACGCGCUGGUCCGGCAAUACAGCACCAACGCGGCGUUGUUCUCGAGGGACUUCGUCCAGGCGAUGGUGAAGAUGGGGAGCAUCAGCCCGCUGACCGGGACCAGUGGAGAGAUCCGGUUGAACUGCGGAAAAGUGAACGGCUGACGAUAAGGGCGGGCGACGAUGAACUCUCCGGGUUAUAAGUAGACCAGGUGGAUAAGCUUAGUAUUUUCUAUUGUAACGGUCAAAACUGGUCUCCGGAAUUGGUGUUAGACGUACGCUAUUUUAAUCAAGAAACGAAUCAAUAAAAAUAAGAAUGCUACUAGAUUAUUAA